AUUAAAUAAAAAAUUACAAAGGUUGGGUGGACAGUUGUCACACCUGUAACGUGAUUGAUUGCCUGAGUCUUAUUUUCUGAGGAUACUGACCUGAGAAGUGUCUGCAUUGCCUCCCGACUCCUCCAGAGACGAUGCGUAUGUGUUAGUUGCGGAGGAUGCGAAUCAGUAUCUCGCUACUGAAUUACGAAUUCUGAAUGAAAGAAUUUUAGGAUCUUUUCCUGAUGGUUAUUAUUUUGAAAACUGAUCCUGAUAACAGCUUGAGAAUUAACAACUGGCUUUGCUGGCAGCUUUCUAUCUGAGUUUGUUGAUUAGACCUUUGCUUGCGCCCCCUUUCCCUGGGGCUGGAGAGGCUGUCGGUGGCGCUUGGCUGGGGAGGUGGAGCGUUGGCGUGAAAAUAUUUUGAUGAACACAGUGCGUUAGUUCUGUUAAGGAUGUUGUGCUGAAGCUGAAGUUUUUCAUCAGGACUGACGGGGGGAACGUGUGUUCUUCAUCCCCAAGCACUCGGUGCAGCCGCGGGCCCAGGGUUCGGGCAGCUCACCAGGGAUGCCAGGAGCGGCGGCUCAAGUCCCUUGGGUGGAUUCGGAUCCUGGGCUUGGGUCUCGGCGUAUACCUGACCGUAAGGAGACCAUAGGUUGAAAAGACGUAACUACGCAGAGCUCCUUCCCCCCCGCCCCGCCGGUCACCUCCGCGAGGCCUGCGGCAGAUCCGUGCCUGCCGACUUUCUGUGCUGCGGCGAAACGGUGUGUGUUUCGCUGUCCCUGCAAACGCGAGCAAACGCUGCGGGCCGCCUCCCGCUAGCUGUAGCGCCGCGCAAACGCUCGCCGGGAAGGUCGCGGCGGGGGGCGGCCCUGUUUGCGCUGCGCUACCGCCGGGGGGCGCCGUUGCGCGCGGAGCGGCCCGUGCGGCCGCGCGCGGGGUCUGGCGCCACCCGCCGCCCGGCAGCGCCCGCGCCUCGCCCCGGCCGCCCGAGUGAGGUGAGCGGGGCGUGAGGGGCGCGGGCCCGGCGUGUCUUCCCAGCGCGGUAACGAUUUCCUUUAAAAUGAGAGAAGGGGCUGCGUCUGCCUGCCUUCCCCCGGCUGCUGCGGCCCUGGCCGGGCCACCAGCCCGCUUUCCCGGCCCCCUCCUGCGGCAGGGCAGGGGGCUCGGCGUGCCCUGGGGGUGCUGCCUGGCCCCUGGUACAAGUAUCCUGCCCUACAGAGGGGGAGGAGAGGAGGAGGAGGAGGGAAAAAGAACUUUUGCCUCUGCUGCCGUGCCGUUAGUUUCAGCGUGUUGAUGCCGCUUCUCCCUCCUGCUAACUUUCCCUCAUUUUCCUGCCGGCUGAGUGUUUCGCUGUUUACCUCAUAGCUUGUACCUAGCGGUGGAGCCUGGGGUAGGUGCUUGCGUCUUGUGCUCAUGUGGAAUCUAUUUAAGACCCUUUGCGGGGCCUCAUUCCAAACUAUGUGCCCUUCAACCUAAACUCCGUAGCAGUUUUCGAGAGACCCGUUUACAGCCUCACAGCACAUGGGAAAGUUUGGCAGCGUCGUCGCUUGAGUGAAAAAAGCUGGGGUCGUGUUGCUGAAUUAAGCACAGGCAGGGGUUUGCGUGCGCUUUGUCGGUUCUUCGCGUCGUACCUUGUGCUGACAAAGAAAACCAGGCCCGCGGAGCGGGACGUGCUGAGUGCUGCUCGGUGGCUCUGCCACGCCGCUGGGACGGCGUCUCUGGAGGGCGAGGACUUGCCCGCUCCGAUGCAUGAGGGUUCGCUUUCCGAGCACACGCACUUGCUGCGCGGCCUCUGUCCCCCUCCGGCGCCAGCCCUGCGGCUCGGCACGGCUCGGCACGGCUCGGCACGGCCCGCCCUGCGGGGCGCCUGCAGCUGCGGUGCGGAGCGCGGGCGGCUGCGCGGCCCCACUGCGGCAUGCAGAGCCCGGCUCGGGGCAGCGCCAGGCUCCCAGGUAAGUUCCGCUCACCUUGCUUGGGCUUGCUGAUGCAGGGUAUACUAGUAAGGGGGCUGUAGAAUUCCGUUAUUUUUCCUUAAAGGACUUAAAUACUUUUCUGUGACCUAAUCCGCAGGCAAAAUGUCUAUUCUUUAAAUUUUAGCUUACAGGCUGCGGUGGUUCUAAAACUUCUUGAGACUCACAGGGCUGUUAGGGAUUAGUCAGAGGAGUGUCUUCAGGGCAGUUGAACAAUUUCUGUCAGUCUUCCUUUAGGCAGAUUUGGAAUGUGUUAUAGAAUUCGUUUAGUCCCUGUGUAAUUCUAACCGAAAAUCACAUAUCCUGUCUGGGAAGCUUGAUUUCUGAUUGUACCUACAUAAAUCAACAGAAAGCAUCUCUCACAAAAAUAUUUUCAGAUCCAGAUGGUGAUUGAGUUACAAAUGCAUUUUUCAUGUCCUUAUUGUGAAAUGGAGGUCAGGAUAGAGUAUGAUGAGAAGAUUGAAAUAAAGCUCUUUGAUAUAGAUCCUUAUCCAUUAGAUUAGUGUCUCUCACUGGGUUUUAGUUUCACUACAUUCAACAGUCUGAGUUCAAGCUCAAAAUUCAGCAGAAGCAUCUCACAACAGCAGAGGAUCUGAAUCUGUUUCUAAAAUGCAUAUGCAAUGGGUAGUCUUCGAAGGCCAUACCAUUCCUGUCUCCAACAAAAAAACUUCUAAUUGCCUGAAUAAUAGCACAGAUGUUACCGUUUCAGUAAACUCCUUGAAGUCUAACGAGAGAGCAAAAUCUGCGCUUACCUUAAGAGGAGAAUCUCUUGAAGAGAAAACAUUUGUGACUGAAAGCAAACCUAACUAUUGGAAAUCCAUGCAUAGUUCAAAAAAGGUCACUGCUAAUUAAUUAUUCUUAAUUAUUGGGAGGCAAGGAAAUUCUGUCUCCCAUUUCCCCCCAUCAGGUUUUGUUUCUGAAUAGCAAAGAGCUAAAACUGUCUGAACAAGCUAAUAAAGUCAUCCAGGAAGUUGAGCUCAUUUCCAAUAUUAGAAUAAAUGCUGUACCUGCAAAAGACGUGAGUUCAUAGGAAGCUCGUGGCAAGCUCUGUUUCCGUAAAUGUACAAAGCUUUGUUUUUCUUUUUCUAAAAGCACAAAAGAAGUCAUGUCUUAGUGGUUAAAUGAAAACCUCCGUCAUUUACCCCUAAAAUUCUUCUGGCAAAUUAGAAAUCUUGGGAGUCAAGCCUGCUAGCUUCUGCCAGCUGUGUGCUUGCCCAUGGCCAAAAGAUGAUCUUUCAAAGGAUAUACGUCUAACCAGUAGUGCUUUUAGUUGCAUAUGUUAGUUUGUUACACGGGUAAAGGAUGAUUUCCAUAUCAUAUUGCUCAAAGAGCUGUGGGGAUGUGGACUGAAUAUUGUAACAAUGCAAUAAUACUUGUGAUUAAGUAUCUAUUUGGAAGCAUAAUGAGAUUUUUACCUUGUAUUCAUCCCAGCAACUGGGGAUGUUUUAUUCUUCAAAAGUUGUUGGCUCAGUUUUGCAUCUCGUCAAGUCAGGUGGAUUUUGCCAGGAAAGGUAGUUACAGGAGCGUAAGGGAAAAUAGGACCUCAAAAGUAGAUGGAGACGAGUCACAGCAACCACAUUUUCAGACUGGAAGCAUAGUGUAGGUCUCCUUAAGGUUUUGACUUAGCCUUUUGUAUACCCAAGGGAUCAUUAAGAAAACAUGUGUCUGCACACGUCCAUCCGUUACCCACCAAACAUCCACAGCUCAGACCUGGGGUUUAGAUACACAUACAUCUUCGGUAGCAGUCACAUAAAAAAAUCCACAUUAGGUUGUAUUUCCAUACUCAUAAAGGCAAAAGGCUAACAAAGGAUGACACCAUUUAAAACUAGUAAGAGAAGCAGCUUUUCAAGUGUGUGGAUAUUCCUAUCCUCUUUCUCUGUAUUCCAGUGUUAGAGCUCUGUAUUCCAGUGUUAAGAGUUCUGAAUGUCUGCUUGUUUUUCUUACCAUGCAAGUCUCUCGUAGAGCUCCAGUGAUUACCUUGUCCAGCUAGUUCUGUUCUGAGGUUAUAAUGCAUUAUACCGCUUCUGUAUAACAGGAAAGGGAACUUCCUCUUUAAAGCUACGUAUUACUAAGCAAGGAGGAUUUCUGAUGGGCGGAGUUUUCCUUUGAGCGGGCUAGAUAAAGGCUUGCAGGAUUUACAGACGUCUCAGACUGCAGUCAGCAUGAACUGCAGCCUGCCAGGCAGAGCGCUGCUCAGCCGCCACGCAAUGGAUGGACAGCAGGACAGGUUGUGCCUUCAGUCUCUUUGGGACUUUGUCACAGCAAAGGAGCCAUUGAUCAAGUCACCGUUUUUUCCAGUGCUGUUUUCUUUUACAGCAUACAUGGCUUUCUGUCUUCCAUAUAUUGCACUGGAUUUUUUAAGCACCAGGCUACCAAACUUGAGAAAAUACAAAAUCCAGCCACAGAACUAUCCAACUCUUGGAAUGAUGGUGCCUUGCAUUAUUCAAAGUGCAUAUCACCAUGUUGUUUUAAUCUUCCCAGUGACAUUUCUCCACUGGUACUGGAGACCAGUGAAUCUACCAGUGAUAGCUCCAGAGCUGCCGGAGGUCCUGCUGGAAGUAGGAGUUUGCCUGCUUCUCUUUGAUUUUGAGUACUUCCUGUGGCAUUUGCUUCAUCACAAGGUGUCUUGGCUCUACAAGACCUUCCACAAGGUACAUCACAAACAUGUGUCAACAUUUGCUCUUACUACACAGUAUUCCAGUGUAUGGGAAUUGCUCUCACUGGGAUUUUUUGCUGCUAUCAACCCGGUGUUCCUCGGAUGCCAUCCUUUGACUGAAAUGAUUUUCUUCCUUGUAAACAUUUGGUUGUCAGUGGAGGACCAUUCAGGAUAUGACCUUCCGUGGUCAACUCACCGACUUGUGCCUUUUGGUUUGUAUGGAGGAGCACCACAUCAUGAUCUCCAUCACCUGAAAUUCAAGUCAAACUAUGCUCCUUACUUCACCCACUGGGACAAACUCUUUGGGACAUUCACAGAGUCGCAUUCUAAUUAAGGAUAUUUACCUGUGGACAAUCUCUUAUUUUUUUAUGGACUGAACUGGGACAUUAACUUUUCAGAAACAUGCAGAAGAUUGUAUAUUUGAAGCUGCUUAUAAAAGCAAUAGCUAUUUAUAAGAAAUCCUCUUAAUAUAUGUGUAUUGGUAUGUAUACUUGGAGCUGCCUAUGUUAAAUGACUGCAAAUGGGAGGAGGGUAAAUAUCUGUUGCUUAAAUUUGUUUGAGUCAAAGGUGUAAGGGAAGCAUUAAGAGACAUUUUCUCUUCUUUCCUUCUUUCCAGCUUUCAUAAAGCAUGCAUUGUAUUACUGUAUGAUGUUUUAUGCAUACGCCAGAACAAUUAUCUUACUGUUGUAGGAUGAUUUAUGAUGUAAACAGAAAAGGUACAUAUCAUGGGAUUUGUGGAGUUUAAUCUGCCAGAGCAUAUUAUUGCACAAUGAUGUUGUAGAACAUUGCUGCCAAACAAAUCUAGUUGGCUAACUGUGCAAUAAUUUCAGUAUCUCUAUUUUAAGCCUUGAUGUUCUGUCUGUUUUUAGUAAAAAAUAAAUAUGGUAAUUAAAAAAAAUUAUAUUCCUUUUCA